UUUUCAGGGGAGACAUCUUUCUGCAGGCACUUGGGGAGAGAUUGUUCUUCGGAGAUGGAGUUUCGAGGGCCUUGGGAUGUUCCGGAUAAAGCAAAAAAACAAUGCUUCCGGUGGCAGUGUCGGCGCGUUGCGAGGGAUUCCUAUUGUUUGGUAAAUAAAGAGGGAAUGCAGAAUCCUUCGUGGCUGCCACACCGCAGGAACCGAGUGUUAAGUUUGGCACAGACUGCGGAAAAACUUCGCUUCCCUAAGUGUGUCACUUGUCCAUCUCUCAGCCAUUUCCUCCCUCCUUUCACCGAAACCUAAGCUGAGUGCUGUGAAUCCCACAACCUGGUCAACUUUUGGCAUGUUGCUGAUUAGUAUAAUUUGCGUGGAGUUGCCGAUGCAUCAUUCUGUGGUGUCGUGGUUUUGAUGGGCUUGGCGUUUGUAGGAAAACUACACGGUUUUGGCAGAAGCAACUGAGGCUGUUGGUUUUAGCUUUAUUUUUUGAUUGGGGUGGUGAGGUGGGGUUUAGGUUUGAUCCAGAAAGCGGUGAGCAACUUCUGGGGCUAUGCUGGUGGAUGUUUCUUGAAUUAGUGGUGUUUUGGCGUGAAGAGAAGAACGAAAGAAAAUUUGAAUGGUCUUUCCUUCUGUGUUUGAUCCUAAUUUCCCUCUCAUCUCUUGAUAAGGUGUCGUAGGAUUUCGUCGAGUGAUUGAAACGCUUGUUCUUCCACCAGUCUCGUUUUCUCGUGCGUCUGUUUCAGUUCAGAAGCAAGGAAGCCAACCUUUCUCUGCUCUUGAUGUUGAGCAAUCCGACGGAGGCUUGUGAGCAGAGAUGAUAAUGCUAGGAAGGUGAUAUUAUGUAUUCCGCGUCUGAUAGGAGUGGAGAGUUGAUUCUGUCGAAGCAUUUGUCCUAAGAUCUGUUGCCAAGCAUUGGACCUGCCCCACAAUUGUGCGCGUGUUUUCCUCGUAAAGGGUUCUUUUAAUAUAUUUUUUUCUCUUUUUCAAAGUUCUUAAAUUCUCCUCUAUUGCGACGACAUUCCUUCUUCUCAACCAAGAUUUCUCAGUGAUGAAUAGUCUAGGAAUUCCUUUUGAUGAAUUAUGGUCUACAUGUUAAUGCCACAGCAUGGAAACUCAUGGAUAGGUACAUGUUCAUAGAAGUUGUUCUCUUUUGUUUCCUUUUAAAAGAUAGCUCUGUUGAUCAUAGUAGUUUAAGGCGAGGGACGAAGGGAAAUUUUAUCGCAGUUUGCAAAAAGGUUGAGUCGGACAAAUCCAGCACUUCUUUGUGUUGAAUUGUCUACGACGACCACAAGUUCAUGAUUGAUAACUCUUAUCCACCACCAAUGUAGUUUUGUUCUCUCACAGGUCUUUUCCAUCAUCACCAAUGAACCUCAUGUUUAUAUUGAACUUUUAGGAUGAAUUCUGGAACGAUGAUCAACACUUUGUUGUAUCUUACACUGAAGGUUUGAUGAUUGAUUAGAUAAGCUCAACAUUAAAAUCCUCAUCCUUAAGAAAUGCUUGUGAGCAUUGUGCAGGUGUUUUAAUUGAUAUUUGUCAACCUCAAUUGUUAAAGUGAAGAGCUUGUACACAGCAGACACGGCAGACUCACACACAUGGGAUCAGGAUUGACCGAGGAAGUCCUUUGAUGCAGGUCAGGAAUGCGGAGGGAAGCACGCAGGAAAAUGUAGUAUUGAAAGGAUUUUUGCAGCAUUGUCGGUGUAUCUAAGCCAGGGCUUCCAAGGGGCAACAAGAUGGAGCGUCUCGGAUACAACAGCAGGCCUUCUCAAGCUCUACAAUCGUCAUGCUAAGGAGGGUGCCGUGGACACUAUCAAGGGUGUUGAAAUCAGGGACCGAGCUGAAUUGGAGGAGAUGCUAGAAUGGCUUCGAUGGUCAACAGCUGCAUACGAGAAAGAUAGACAUACUUUUUUAACCUCGAUGCAGUUGCGUGAUCGAGACUUAGUGAGGCUGUCAAAGUCAGCAGUCAACAAACCUGCCUACUUCAUUGUUGUUUACCAUGCUAAAAAAUAUGUAGUCAUUGGUAUUCGUGGGACAUAUAACACUACAGACAUCUUGACAGAUCUUUGUCCUCACAACGAGCCUUUUCAAAAAGGGACUGCCCACUCGGGAAUGCUUGGAGCAGCGAAGUGGCUUUUGGAAAAUGAAGGGCCUGUACUUAAGAGGCUUCUCGCAGAAAAUUCGGGUUACAAACUAGUCCUAACAGGGCAUUCUCUAGGAGGUGGUGUUGCCGCUCUUUUGACGAUGAUGAUUUAUUCAACCUCGUGGUCCUGGUUUAUCCCAACAUCACUUGGAAUCUUUAGACACAACAUUAAAUGUUGGGGUUACGGGUGUGCUCCCUGCGUGGACCGAACAUUAGCUGAAAGGGAAACUUUCAUACGCAACGUUGUUCUACAGGAUGAUGUGGUGCCACGAGUCAAUCCAGCAGCCAUCGAAGUUUUGCGUGAAGAGAUUCAAGACACAUCCUUCUCGGAAAGCGUGAAGGGAGAGAAAUUAAAGUUUGUGGCGGGUACAAUGGAGCGGAUCCAUGUCGGUAACAUCAUAAAAUCCACAAACGAAAUAGGUGUCUCCGUGUAUCAAAAACUCCACGAGGCAUAUGUGGAACAUGGACUUCCUUCACUGGGCUGCUCCAGCUCAGAUAGUAGUAACUCAAAUAUGAGGAUAGAAGGGAGCUCCCUUCCCAACGUCAAAAUGUAUGAUUCAGACACCAGUCCAGAAAUAGCUGCCAAGGCCAUUGUAGCAGUGGCAAAUGAGCCAGGAGCUAGUCGACAAGAGCUCGAGAAACGCCGUCUUUUUGUUCCAGGCGUCCUCUAUCACAUCAGACGACAAAAAAUCAAGAGAGAAGAGCGUAUGACUGCACUUCCAAUUCCUGCAAGGCCAUUCAUUGCUGGUCAAGAAGCUCCUAGAGGUUCGAAGUACAAGUACCGUGUUAUCUGUGGGACAGACCCUUCCGCUAGGUUUAGUAGAAUCAUCAUCUCCAAGAACUUGAUCUCUGAUCACAGCUGCUACAAUAUUCGGGAUAGUAUACUGGAUGCUUUGAAAUCUUGUAGUUGAAUUUGUGCACUAGUCAGACGAGGUAUUUGGACUGGAAAUCGGGAGCCAAGUGGGUGAUAAUAGCUUAUACAGGUGAAGAUUGCUUGCUGAGCUACCCGGGCAGCGAGGAAGGUAUAAUCUCGUACUAAUCUUGUAAUUCUCUAAUAGCUACCUAGGUUCUAGUUUUCGCGCACAAUUUUGAUGGAGCUUAACUUAAAUUGCCAUAUUCAGAAAUGUCAAGUGAAUCGAGCAAUGAGCAGAUAGUCUAUUUGUAAAAAGAAAGUUGUCUCCAUCAAGAUUACGUGGAUCGAAAACGCCGCGAUAGUUCUUAUUUGUACCAUAGUUGUCGUCUAUCUGCGGUUUUAUGGUCGCAUUGACCAAAUCAGUCAUGCUAUCUUCUACUCAUGGAACCUUUUGCAUAAACUAGCUGCUAAAUUUUCUACAGAAGUAUUCUGUGGAAUCAGUUUCUUCACAAUGAUGACGUGCAGGGUGUGAUGUGAAAGGGAAUUGAACGAAACUAUUCUAGUCUCUCAAUUCGGUGAAGACUUCUAUCGGGAAAUUUGUAUGGAUUAACUCGAUCAACUUCAUUAUGUUUUUUUUAAUGUAAGUGAAUUUGUAUCCA